AUGCACAAUAGAUAUAUCGAACAUCCGUACGGUCGAUUUAAACCGUUGAACAAUUAUUAUGCGCGUUUGGUCUUCGGAGACCACGAUCGCGUAAAAACGAUUUUUUCGAAAGACGACAACGGUUUCAGCUGCGACUGCGGCGAACACCGUGCGACGCGUGUAAAAAAUCUCAUCGAAAACGAUAAGACGAGUCAAUGUUCGGAUAAAGUGUUUAAAUUGAACAAAUUGGACAGACUAAUCGAAUUGACUAUACCUUACGUCGGCAAAUACAUGCCGUGCCAAACAGCGCAAUUCACGUCGUUCUGUAGCCAAAUGCAUAGGCGGCAUAGCGUGACAAUAAAUAUUGUUUUAUAUCAUUUUGAAUACACUAUAGUGUAUUCCGCCAAUGAGAAUAUUCCCAUCGAACAUCCUAAAUACGCUGAUUUUAUCGACAUCGACGACGACAUGUUAGAAUUUUUAGAAGGUGUCUGGAUAUCCACUUGA